GUGUGUGAAAAAUCAUUAAAAUUCAGAAAAAUCCUGGAAUCGAGCUUAUUUUCUCAUCUCUUCCCAUCAAAAAUGAAUAAUUUUUGUAGAAAUCUGUCGUCUUAGGAUAGAAUUCCUGCGCGAAAGGCCUAAUUUCGGGUCUAAACUACGUAGAAUUAUGUUAUAUUUGUUCAAGUACAAAAAAUUUGUGGUCCUGCUCGUCAUCCAGUUGUGCUUAAUUACACUUUUUCUGGUUGCCAGCUCGAUAUGGGUGCAUUCCAACUCCAGCGGAGCACUGUUUGGCGUCAAAUUUAUCAAUGAAAAUGAGAUUUUGGGACUUCGUCAUCGGCAUCACAGACCGUCGGAGGAUGCAAAUCGCUUUGAAACGCUUCAAAAUGUCGGAAAUUUCACGAGAAAUUUUGCUCUGAUCAAAUUAAAUGACGGCUAUGCGAAUCACGAGAAGGUUUGUUUCCGCGAAGGGACGAGAAAUGACACGCGCGACGUCAACGGGGUGUUUAAUCCGGUAUGUUCAUGCACUGCCGAGUGGCAUGGAAAGGAUUGCGGACAACCAGAAGUGGUUUGGCGAGCUCUUAUGACGUCUUCGAAUGCGCGACAUUUGAAUCUCAGUGCUGCGGCGCCACGAAAAGUUCCUCACAAUGUCUUCUAUUUGAUAGAAACGAACGCCUUUCACAUGGAAACGCUCGAAAUUCAGAUGCUAGAGUUGCAAUAUGUCGUAGAUUUGUUCGUUUUAUGCGACUUGGAGGUCGAAACGAAUGAAUUUUUGCCAGCGACACCCUCUUUGAGACAUCAUUCGACCACGGGAUUUCUCAAAGAGCAUCGCGAAAAGAUCCUUUUGGUGUCUGACGCGACUUGCGCUCCACGAAAUGUCUACCGAAAACUCCGAAAAUCCCUGCCAGAGAGCAAUUUUAAGCGAGAUGACGUCAUAAUUUACUCGCAAGCGGAUGAAAUUCUCAACCACCGAGCCAUCAAUUACUUCAAAUGGUACGAUAAUUGGCCGCAACCCGUGAAAUUUCGACUGAAACAUGUCGUUUAUGGGUUUUUCUGGCAACAUCCGGACAACACGAGAGUUUCGGAAGCCGCCGCAGCCACAAUUGCCAUGCUCGAAGACUCAUUCCAAGCGGAUCCAGCAAGGCUUUCGCAAAAAUCCGCCAUGAUGAUUGGCGAUUUGAACCAUUUUGGCGGAUGGUAUUGCGAAUUUUGUGCCCAAGCCAUGGACAUUGUGCGACAAAUCCAGUACAAAGCACGGACUGAGCGGAAUUCCAAUGAAAUUUUCGACGUGACGAAGCAAAAAACGAUCGAUGCCGAGUUUGUGCAGAACCUAAUCGUGAACGGACGAUACACCGACGGCAAAUUGGAGUUGCAGCAACUGCGACGCUACCAAGAAAAGUACUACUGUCCUGACUACGUCAACAACCAAAGUUGGAAAUUCGAUAAUUUAGUGAUAAAUAUUUUUGCGAAAUGGGAAGAAGACUACGAAAACUGAGUAGAAUUAGUAGGAUAGGAAAAUUACGCUUCAUUUUUUCAAAUUUUUUGCCAAUUUUUGUCAAUUUUUUGCACUUUUUUCCACGUACGAGAAAUUUAAUGAGUAGAAUUUAUACUUUUAUAAGAAGCGCUAAGAAAUUAUAAGAAGUGACACAAAAGCAACACACAUUUCAUAAGAAAAAAAAGUAAAAUCGUUAACUUAAGAAUUAGUUUUAAAUUAAGAAUCUGUGAUAAGAAAAACGUUAAAAAUUAGUUUUUAAGUCUCAUGAUCACAAAAAUUGUUUUUAAGAGAAAAAAUUAGCAACUUUUCGGGAUUUUUAUAUUUUUGACGUUAAAAAAAUAUCAAUAUCAUGACAAAAAAUUAAUGAAAUUAUUAAGAAAAUACUCAUAGGUUAUAAGA